AUGGAGAAGAAGCGGGUGGUCAUCGUCGGAGCAGGCGUCAGCGGCCUCACGGUGUGCAAGCACCUCCUGGAGCUCGGCUGCCAGCCGACCGUCUUCGAGGCCGACACCAUGCUCGGCGGCGUGUGGGCGCGCGCCAUGGCCAGCACCAAGCUCCAGACGCCGCGGUCCAUGUACCAGUACUCCGACUUCCCGUGGCCGGAGAGCGUGACGGAGGAGUUCCCGAGCCACCGCCAGGUGGCGGCGUACCUCGACGCGUACGCGCGCCACUUCGGCAAGCUCAGCUGCGUCCGCUUCGGCCACCGGGUGGUCGGCAUGGAGUAG